AGUAUACUUUUAAUUAACUAAUAACGAGAAUCAGUUUCAUUAUUAUUUACUAUAUGCUUUUGAGAUUUGUUUAAUUGAGUAAAGUGUCUGUGUAAAGUGAAUAAUUGUAUCUUACUUCUUUGUGUGCUCCUUAUACAGAGGUGUGUGAGUUGUUUUGUUAAAUUAAAUUUCUUAGUAUAUGGCAAAUUUCUGUCUUCAAAUGCGCUGUUAUCAUGACGAGUAAUCGAUGAUCCGGAAGAUUCUACUUUCUGUACAAAAGAAAGAAUGUGAUCGACAGAUUUCACACAAAAUAAAAACAAUGUGAGGAUAAAGCUCUAACUUAAUGCAAAAUGUCAUAGAAAAAAAGGUUCAAGCCUUAAAAAAAAAAGCGAUGGCAGCAGCACAGUCUUGGACUUGUUUGAUAUCGGUGUGGAUUAUUGCUGAUACAACUGGGAAAACUCCAGAUGUCCAGGUAACCUGCAUGUUCUCAGAAGAUUGUGUCCUACCAUGUGUCUUUGAAGCAGUUGGAGAUGAGAUCAUAUACUGGUUCAGACAGAAUGUCCUGAUCCACAGUUAUAAACAGGGAAGCGAUCUGUUAGAUCAGCCUGAUCAACACUACAACAACAGGACGUCACUAUUCACUGAAGUGAUUUCCUCUGGUAAUGCAUCGGUUCAUAUCCAGAAGAGCGGCCCACAGGACAGGGGGAAGUACAGGUGUCUUGUCACCAGCAGUCGAAAAACCAGUGAGCAAUUCAUCAUAGUCAAGGUAGAAGCCCCUAUCCACUCAGUGAGCCUCGAGACGACACGUCUCAGUGGUUUCGAGGAAGUCAUAUGCUCCACCCGAGACGUCUACCCAGCUCCCCGUGUAACUUUGUUCACAGAGCCAGCCGUUCUGCCUGACGCCCUCCAACCCUUCACACGCAAAACGGCCGACAAACAAGACCGGUACUCGGUGGAGAGCAAGAUCAGGAAGCUGGAAGAUCUGACCUACAUCUGCCUCGUCCAAUCAUUCUACAGGUCUCAGACAUGGAGGACAUCACUGCAGGAGAAAGAAAUAUCUAGCAUCAAAGGUCAGGACUUUAACAUAUCUUGCGCGGCUCCAUGGAACUUGCAGAACUUCACACUGACAUGGUCCUUCACCAAAGGACACGAGUCCUCAACCGUCUACACCUAUGACAGCCUCACACAGCUGAGCUCCAGCGUCUGGAAGGAGAGGGUGCGACUGGUGACCCCCAGGGGUCAGGGUGGGGACGGGUCACUGCAGUUACUCAUCCCGCUGAGACUGGAGCACGCUGGGCUCUACACCUGCAUACUCUCUGCUCUCCGGACCAAGCAUGAGGUCCGUACUAGGGUCAACAUCAUACUGUCGACUGCUAAAAGACAGUCCGAGAACUCCACCCAGUGGUGGAUUCCCGCUACUGUCAUCACAGGCCUUGCAGUAGAGGCCUGCAUUUCAGCCCGAGCCCGACGGGCCCCGACUUAUUUACGCUUCUAG